GGGGUUUCACUAACCAGCUCGUUGGCUCGACUAGCAGCAGCACAAGUGGGGCAGGAAAACUUUGACACACACCACUGACUAGUAUGAGCUUCAUCAUGCGUCCCAGAGAGUGCUCACUGAUUUUAAUUAUAAAACAUGAACGGCCUGCAGAGAUUAAACAAUCUUCGUUUCUUUAAAACAUAUAUGAACAAUAAGCCAUUUUAGCAUGAUUUCAAUAAAUCUUAAACGUGUAUAUGUUAUAUAAAAAUUAUACUGAAUAGAAAGAACAAGAUUCGUGCUAGCAAGAGGAGCAGCUGUGAAAUGCGGAUCAACCCCUGGAUCAGUAUUAAUGCUUUUUAUUCUCCCCAUUAAAGCAAUCCUAUAUAUAUAUGAGCGACACAUAUAGACAUUGUAAACAUAAGCCUUUAUUUCACACACAGGUACUGUAAUAGACUGCUUCAGUAUGAAAACGAGUCUGAUGGGGAUUGAUGAAGUGAAAAACGCUGGAAGUUAAUAUCCCCCUCCUUCGCCUGGCCACUGUCGCACACCUCCAGAGCAGCAGCAGCAUCAGCAGCUACAGCAGGAGCAGCAUCAGCCGCCGCUCUACCAGCAGCAGCACCGGCGGAGCGAGGCGGCGCAGAUCAGCGUGAGCAGGCAGGCGGCAGCAGCUGCAGACAAACACGAUGGUGGGAAGAAGGGGAGUAUUUUCUCCUGCCUGGUCGAUGAUCACCAUCAGCGAGCGCUAAGAGCAGAAGUAAGAGGAGGAGGAGGUGGUGUUGGUGGUGGUGCUGCUAGAGGUGGAGAGGAGCAGAAGGAGAACGAGAAGGAGAAGGAGGAGGAGGAGGGUCGACCGUGCACAACGGCGGAUCGCAUGGGCAGCAGGCGCGAGCAGGAGCAGGCGAACUUUGGACCAGCGAGCGGCGGCGGUGGUGGCCCGUCUCGGAGUGCGAGCAGCUCGGUUCUCGAGUUUAAUCAUUAUUACGGGAAUGGAAGAGGAUGGCCUUGCUUUGAUCAACAUGGCGGACAACAAAGCACAGCUAACUCGGGUAUGAUGAUGCAUUCGGGCCAGAACAACAUGGAUCAGAUGCAAAACUCGCACGAGGAGUACCACAAUAACCCCUACAGCCACUACCCCAACUACCGGCCCGGCUACGGGGCCGCCGGGUACGGUAUGAUGAGCCCUUCGCGGCAGGGAAACAUGAUGGGCCCGGGGAGCAGCAGCAACUCAUCCGCUGCCUCCGCUGCUGCUGCCGCCGCUCACGGCAAGGCUGCCCCGUCCCCCGUUGUUGUUGGCGGCGGUGGAGGAGGUGUCAGUGGUGGUGGUAGUGCUGUAAGUGGUGGAGGGGGCUUUCAGCGGUUCCCGGGACAAACUCAGCAGCAUCCUUCGGGGGCUACUCCGACUCUAAACCAGCUCCUGACUUCUCCCAGCCCGAUGAUGCGAGGCUACAGCAGCGGCUAUCAAGACUACAGCAGCCCCACUCAGCAACAAGCCAACAUGGGACUAAGCAAAGACUUGAGCUCCCAGUACAGCAGCACUGCGAGCCACGGCUGGGGAGGACAGCAGAGGAAUCACCCAGCUAUGAGUCCGGGCAACAACGGGCAAGGAGGAAACAGAUCCCAGCAGAUGAUGGCACUCUGCCCUGAAUUUCUGCACUUGCCAACCGUCGAGUCCUGUGCUCGCUAUCGUCAGCUCAGCAAGGUGUCGCCGAUGGACGCCAUGUCAAUGAAGCGUUCCCAGCUGUAUGGGAUGGAUAACAGCCCUUAUUCCCAGCAACAGCAGCAGCAGCAGACAGGCGGAGGCUACUCCACCCAGCCUUAUGGAUCUCCUGCACCACACCGAUACCCAAUGGGAAUGCAGGGGCGUGGACAGGUCGGCAUGGCAGGGAUGCAGUACUCUCAACAACAGCAGGUUCCAGCGCAGUACGGGCAGCAGGGUAUGGGCGGGUACUGCCAGCAGGGACAGCCUCCGUACUUCAGCCCUCCACAGCAGCAGCCUGCCGCUCCCUCUCAACCCCACUACAUGCAGCCCCGGGCUCCUCCUCAGCAGGACGCUCCACAGGAGGGUUAUGGUAACCGAGGUCAGCCUGCUAUAACUCCUGGGAAGCCAAAUCAUGAUGAGAUGGGUCUGAACCAGCAAGAUCGACCGUCCAGCCUUCCAGACCUGUCUGGCUCUAUAGAUGACCUCCCCACAGGUACAGAGGCAGGCCUCAGCUCAGCGGUCAGCGCCUCAGGCUCCACCAGCAGCCAGGGGGAUCAGAGCAAUCCCGCCCAGUCACCUUUCUCCCCCCACGCCUCACCCCGCCUCUCCAGCCUUCGCAGUGGACCCUCGCCUUCCCCGGUCGGCUCGCCUGUGGGCUCCAGCCAAUCACGCUCCGGACCCAUAUCACCGGCUAGUGUACCAAGUACACAGAUGGCCCCGCAGACCCCUGGGAACGUUUCAGAUGUGGGCUCCCAUUCCACCCUCAGUCAGUCCCCCAUGUCUCAAGAGAGGGGAUUUGCCUCUAACCUGCAGCGUACUGGCCCUGGCUCACAGUUUGGUCCCCAGCAGCCUGGGCCUGCCAUGUCCCCCCACCCGUCUCCUGGGGGCUCGAUGCACCACAGUGUGGGAUCCUACCAGCAGGGCGGCGCUACCUACGGGCCACAGAGUGGACAGUAUGGUCCUUCAGGUAACUACCCACGUCCAGCCAAUUACGGUGGAGCUCCUGGCCCCAGCUACAGUGGCCCCGGGCCAGGCAUGAGCCUGGGGAUGAACGCUAGCAGCCCUAUGCACGGGCAGGGCCCCGGGCAACCCUGUGGCUCCAUGCCGGCUGGAAGAGGCCCCGGUCAGCCAGCAAGCGGUCGUCCGUACCCAGCAGGAUCCAGCAGCGUGGCCCCUACCUCCCCGAAUAUGCCCCAGUCUGCUGGGCCUGGGAUGGGUCCCCCUCCACCCACGGUUACCCGUAAACCUCACGAGACCGGACCUGCACCAUGUCCACAGAACCCCCUCGCAUCCGUCCAGGCCAGGCCUCCAUAUGCCAGGUCCCCUGUAUACCUAGGACUAUCUGGGCCAGGGGGGAGACCGGCCCCCUUCACUUCCUCACAUUUUUCUCACCCGCAUCAUGUUCCAUACGGCAGUGGCCUGGGUCAGCCUCAGUCCGAGCAGUUUGGGUCAGGCGGGUACUCAGGAGGACCCUCUAUGGGUGGAAUGGGCCCUGGUGGCCUCUAUAACCAGCCGCCGGGCAGCAACUCCAACAGGAUGAGCCUGCAGGGUCCUGCAUACAACGCCAUGCCCUCUGGACCCAUGGCCAUGGGGGCAGGAGAAGGCAUGCCGCCCACUGACCCGAAACAGAGAACUGAGCACAAAGAGGAGAGCAGCAUGGCGAGCACAGAACAGCCUAAACCUAAGGACAGCUACAGCGCUCAGUGUGUGUCUCAGCCCCCCACCCCGUCCCCCCUCUCCCCCAGCCCUGCCAGCCUCUCCUCCAAUCACGGAGACGACAGUGACAGCAUUAGCAGCCCAGCCUGGCCAAAAACACCCACCAGCCCUAAGCUCAGCUCAGCCACCAUGACGAAUGAGAAGAUAGCGCGUCUGUAUGAAAUGGGCACAGAGCCAGAGCGGAAGACGUGGGUGGACCGCUACCUGGCCUUCAUGGAGGAGAGAGGCACCCCUGUACCCAACCUGCCUGCUGUGGGGAAGAAGCCUCUGGACCUGUGCUGCCUUUACAUGUGUGUGCGGGAGAUCGGAGGGCUGGCGAUGGUGAAUAAGAAUAAGAAAUGGCGUGAGCUCUCCACUGUCCUUAAUGUGGGUACAUCCAGCAGCUCAGCCAGUUCUCUAAAGAAGCAGUAUAUCCAGUACCUCUUUGCCUACGAGUGUAAGGUGGAGCGUGGAGAGGAACCCCCGCCGGAUGCCUUCGCCAUGGGGGACAGCAAGAAGCAGCAGCACCAGGCCAAGGUCCAGCCUCCAUCACCAGCAAACUCUGGAUCUCUCCAGGGACCUCAGACUCCGCAGUCAACAGGGAGCAGCUCCAUGACAGAAAUGCCUGGAGAUUUGAAGCCCCCAACUCCAGCAACCACUCCUCACAGCCAGAUGACACCGCAGCCGAGUGGCAGGAGCAGUGGUGUGAGUGUGCAGGAUCCCUUCUCGGAAAGCUGUGACCCUGCUUUCCAAAAGCGGGGCAACGUGCCCCCUGGUGUGAUGUAUCAGCAGAGUGCAAACGUUGGAGAUCCCAGUGUUCGAAUGCAGUACGACGCCAACAAGGAACCCUAUGGAGGUCCACGAAAGGGUGGCAGUGAUCCUUACAUGCCAGGACAAAUGCCCAGCAGUGGCAUACAGGACAUGUACCCACGUGGACCCUCUGGAGGGCAGGGUAUGGGCCCACGUGCCCAGUAUCCUUACAGCCCAAACUUUGAGAGAAGACCUGCCCAUGCGAUGGGUCCAGAGGGUGGAUUGGCAACCCCUGGGAAUCAGAACAACGUGAUGCCUUCCAACAGUGAUCAAAGCUUGUACUCAGGCAAUAGGUACCCCUCUCAUCAGAGGCAUGGACAUGAUGGUUAUGGCCAGCAGUAUCCCCAAGGCAUGCCGUACAGUGCUCAUGGAAUGUACCCACAGCCACAGGGCUACAAGAGGCCUGGGGAAGCGAUGUAUGGUCCCUCAGCAAAACGGCAUGAGGGUGAAGGCUUUGGAAUGCAGUACAGUGGCCAGCAACCAGACAUGUACGGCCAAUAUGGUAGUGCAUACCCAGAUCGCAGACCCAUGCAGGGUCAGUUCCCGUACCAGUAUAACCGUGAACGCAUGCAGCACGGAGGACAGGGUCCCCCCCAGCACGGCAUGAUGAGCGGAGGUCCAUCGUCCACUCCCAGCGGAGCACCUCAGGGUUGGCACCCCAGGACUGAAAUGGGCUUCCCAUACACAAGCAGACAGGGCCAUGGACCCCCAUAUUCCUCCAUGAACCGCGCAGAUGACCCAGAUGGCAGGGCAAAUCAGGACAGUCAGUGGCCAAGUCACCCUGGGCAGCGCCAGUCACCUUUUCCCUCCCAGUCCUCCUCCAGCUCCUUGCCCCCCAUGACAAACCGUCAACCUCCGGCCUCAUACCAGUCUCCUCCAUCCAUGCCCAACCACAUCGCACGUGCUCCAAGCCCAGCGCCCUUUUCUCGUCCCAUGGGGGGUUCCAUGUCCCCCAAUAAAGUUCAUUUGAUGCCGUCUAUGAAGAUGCCCAAGACAGGGAUGCCUGGGUCCAUGCCAUGCUCUCAGAGUGGUGGUGUUCCAGUCCAAGGCCUUCCUCCUAUCCAACGAGAGAUCACUUUCCCUCUGGGUUCCGUUGAAGCUACACAGCCUCAGUUGAAACCUCGUAAGAGGUUGACUUCCAAAGACAUUGGAACACCAGAGGCUUGGCGUGUGAUGAUGUCUCUGAAGUCUGGUUUGCUAGCAGAAAGCACUUGGGCCUUGGAUACCAUAAACAUCUUACUGUAUGAUGAUAACACAGUGUCAUCCUUUACCCUUUCACAGCUGCCAGGUUUCUUGGAACUCAUAGUGGAGUAUUUCAGACGAUGUUUGAUCGAGAUCUUCGGUAUCCUGAAGGAGUACGAAGUGGGUACAGAGGGCCAGAAAACACUUCUCGGUCCCAUUCAGGAGCCGACAGCCAAAAAGGAGGAAUCGGAAUCUGAGCUCAAGGAGCUGGACAGCCAUUCAGAUCCCGAGCAGCCAGAGAAAAAGCCAGAAACAGCGUCUCAAAGGCCUGUCCCCAGCAGCACAUCUGGAGCAGAUGCUUCAGAAAAGAAGAAACCAGCAGAGACGAUCGAUCAAAAAGGAGAGAAGGACAUGAAUGCGAGGAAAGAAAAAUGUCCUUCCUUAGAACCAACGGCCAAACAAGCCAGCAAGUAUGACCGACUGCCAAUAAAGGUGGAGGAAAGGGAGGCAAUCGACGACAUGGUGGAAGACCGAUCGGAGCAGCUAGGUCUUGUUGGAGAUUUUAUCAGUGGCUUGCUGCACUGGAAGGCUGGAGGUGGAGACUCCACAGCACACAUUCAGACUCACUUAGAAAGAAAGUAUCAGGAGAGAGAAUCUCAAGCCUCGCCUGUAAAGGAGUUUGAAUGGGAAAACGAACAAGGCCUGGACAGUGAGGACUGCAGUAGGGUAGAAGAGGAACCUCUUAAAGAAGCCCAAGGUUCGACAGACAAGAACCUUUCAGCUGCUGUGGUGAAUGAUGUAUCAUGUUUUGCUCCACCGACGCUACCAGAGAACGAGGCUAAAGGUUUCUCUUUACGAAACCAAGAGAACAGCAUCCCUUUGCUGGAGGAUGAGCCUCGAUGCUGGGAUGAGGCACCGCUCUCCACAGCUGAGGAUUGGCAGGAUGAGCUUGCCAAGCGCUGCAUCUGCAUCUCCAACAUAGUCCGUAGCCUCUCGUUUGUUCCAAGUAACGACGCUGACAUGGCACGCCACCCAGGCCUGGUGCUUAUACUGGGCAGGCUGGUGAUGUUGCACCACGAGCACCCAAAGCGUAAAAGGACAUCACCCACCUACCAGCGCGAGGAGGAGCGAGGCCUGGCCUGUAGCAAAGACGAGUGGUGGUGGGACUGUCUCUGUGCCUUGCACGAAAACACCUUGGUCACCUUGGCUAACAUUUCAGGGCAGCUAGAUCUGUCGAUUUAUCCUGAGAGCAUCUGCUUGCCCAUCCUAGACGGGCUUCUGCACUGGAUGGUGUGUCCAUCGGCGGAGGCCCAGGACCCUUUCUGCACAGCGGGCGGCUUCUCGUCACUGACGCCGCAGAGGCUGGUGCUGGAGUGCUUGUGCAAACUGAGCAUCCAGGACUGUAACGUGGAUCUGCUCCUGGCCACGCCGCCGCUCAGCCGGCAGGAUCGUCUCUACGCAACGUUAGUGCGCCACGUUGGUGAGCGCAAGAGUCAGGUGUGCCGCGAGAUGGCGGUGGCCGUCCUCUCCAACCUGGCGCAGGGCGACUCCACAGCAGCUCGCUCCAUCGCCCUUCAGAAGGGCAGCAUCGGCACGGUGAUCGGCUUUUUAGAGGACAGCAUCGCCAUGGCGCAGUAUCAGCAGAGCCCCCACAGCCUCCUGCACGCCGGACACCCGACGCACCCGGAGCCGCCCAGCAUCAACAUGAUGUGCCGGGCUGCUAAAGCCUUGCUGGCAAUGGCUCAGGUGGAGGAAAACCGGCCCGAGUUCGUUCUGUACGAGAGCCGGCUGCUGGACAUCACUCUGUCGUCUGUGCUGAACUCGAGCGUAGUAGCCGUUAUGUGCGAGGUAUUGUUCAAGCUCGGACGCUCGUGACACAAGCAGCAGCCCAUCAGCAAGUGCCAUCAGCGGAACGGGACGCGGCCGAGCCACAUAGAAUUGUCGGUGUUAUAUUUUUAUUUAAUAAAAAAAAAAAAAAAAGCUUACACAAAAAAAAAAAAGUUUUUACGUACAAAUUAUUAAAUAGAGAUUAUAUAUAGCUCCUCUACCCCGUUCUUUUUGCAAUUUUCAUUUGGGAUUUUUAAAUGAUUUUAAUACAGAUAUUUAAUACUUAGUUUUUUCUAUUCUUUUUUUAUGUUUUGUUUUUCUCCUCCCUCGUUAUUGUUUUAACCAAAGUUGGCAUCAGACAGAUACUGUAUGUUCGUUUUCAGAGAUUUUUGCUCUCAGAAUGUUUUUCAUUGUUUGUUUUUUUCUUGUUUGUUUAUUUGAGGAUGCAGAUUUAUUUAAAUUGUGAGAUGUGUUGUAGAUAGAACUUCUCUCUUGAAAUGUGUUGAGAUAAAGAUAAAAACACUGACUUUACUCAAGAUAUACAUGUAUCCAGCUCUAAAAAAGCUUUGUGCAAUAGGGUGUAGUUGGCUUGUUGGAGGGGAGCUUACCAAAUGUGAAUAACUCUUUACCACAGGCAAUAUUCAUAAUCUGACAACCAGUAUUGCACUGCGUCACCACACCAGUAUCCAAGGGUAAAGUGAGAGCUGGUUUUAAACUGACUUUCUUCCACCAUUAUGGCCAUAAGAUCACAGGAUUGACUCUCUGAACAUUGAAUUUUAAAGCGCUUUGGUUACCACUCCUCUCCAUUUGACUCGUGGGGCAAUUUGUAUAUAUGAGCUGUACAGUAAACAUGCCCCCUCACCUUUUUAUUUCUCCAAGAGAUGUGGUAUUUUACAGAGUGGUGGUAGUUGAUGCUAAUUAUUAACAGGAAUUUGGACAUGGAAUUUUCACCUUACCAGCUUUUGAGGGUAAUGUAACGAUGUGGAAGAUGUUCCUGUGUGGACUGUGCACACGAUUCUGUGAAACAGAUAAGAAUGACUCCCUUAAAUGGCCUUGAAUGGUGUCUGGCUUAAAAAAAAAAAGGAAAAAAAAACAAGCAUAAUAAAAACAGAGAAAAAAAACAGGCUCAUCAAAAGUCGGUUGGUGUAACUGUAAUCCAGCGAAGUUCAAAGUUAUCCCAAUAUGACUUAAGCAACAAUUCCAAUGACAAUGUACAACUCUGUGAACUUUUUUCAUGCCAUAUGAUUUGAUGACCAUUGUUUAUUAGUAUAAAGUCUUUAUACUACAUGUUCCACAUGUUUAAAAAGUAAAUGUACAUGAAAUCUG